GAUCUCCGCGAGUUCAGCCAACCUCAACAAGGGAUCUCGCCAUCAACUGUCAGGACCCUGUUGACAAUGAGUGACGCGACAGAGAUCGCGAAAGCGGCAAAGACAGCUUUUGAGACUUCGCAGCUCAUCCCAUCCUCGGAACGAGUGCAGGCGCUCCAUGAGAUCCGCAGAGAGCUCGAGGCCGCCAAGGAUGAGAUUCUGGCUGCGAAUAGGCAAGACCUUGAGGCAGCCCAGAAAGAAGUGGAUGCUGGACGCAUGUCCGGCUCCCUGUUGAAGAGGCUAGACCUCAACAAGGGGGACAAGUGGGACUCAAUGCUUCAAGGCAUAACCGACGUGGCGGGCCUGCCUGAUCCUAAUGGCAUCGUUUCUUAUGCCUCCGAACUGGACGACGAUCUCGAACUCUACCGGGUGUCAUGUCCGAUCGGCGUGCUGCUCGUAAUUUUCGAAGCGCGUCCGGAGGUAGUCGUCAACAUCGCCUCGCUCGCCAUAAAAUCCGGAAAUGCCGCUAUCCUGAAGGGGGGCAAAGAAUCCAAUGAGACCACCAAGCUCCUUUCCAGCGCCAUCCAGGGAGCCCUGUCUAAAACAUCCAUUCCAUCGACCUACAUCCAAGCCAUCCAGACGCGAGCCGAAGUAUCCGCCCUGCUAGGGCUCGACCAGUACAUCGACCUUGUCAUCCCACGCGGGAGCAACAGCCUCGUCCGCAACAUCCAGAACAGCACGCGCAUCCCCGUCAUGGGGCACGCGGAUGGCCUGUGCUCUGUCUACAUCGAUGCCUCGGCGGACCCUAAGAAGGCAACUCGCGUCGCGGUCGACUCCAAGAUCGACUACCCUGCCGCAUGCAACGCAGCAGAGACGCUCAUUCUGCACGAUAGCAUCCUCCACACCAUCUGGCCAGACGUCGCUAAGGCCCUCCUCGCAGCCGACGUCAAGCUCCUCUGCGACACUCCCUCCCUCGCCGCCCUCCAGUCGCUCUCGCCUGCCCCCGCGAAUUUCGCCACACAUGCCUCCCCAGCGCCCCCCGAGGCGUACACGACCGAACACCUGAGCCUCACGCUCUCCGUCCUGACCGUGCCCUCGCUUGCGGCGGCGAUCGCGCACAUCAACGCGCACUCCUCCCAUCACACGGACAGCAUCGUGACCGAAGACGAGGCUGCUGCGUCCGUGUUCUGCCGCGGGGUCGACUCGGCGGGGACGUUCGUGAACGCUUCGACGCGCUUCGCCGACGGGUUCCGGUAUGGGUUCGGGACGGAGGUCGGGAUCAGCACAGGGCGCAUCCACGCGCGGGGGCCAGUCGGGCUGGAGGGACUGGUGACGUACAAGUACGUCUUGAAAAGUAAGGGCGGCGAGGGGCACGUGGUGGGCGAGUUUGGGGCAGGGGAAGGGAAGAAGAGGUACAAGCAUAGGAAGAUCGAGGCGGCGACUGUGCCAUUCUGAAUCUGAGGGCGCGAAGAGAGCGGCAUGUGGUCCCUGUUGAGAUGGUGGAUUGGAAACAAAACAAAGCGCGAAAGCAGUGUAUAUUGGGAGUUGUAGCGUAUAUGGAUAUGGAUACAAUGCCGCAGGUAGAUAAGCCGGGUGAAGGAGGAUAGACGAAGAAAGGUGUACAAUGGGGUGGCAUGAAUGACAGAUGUCACGAAGUGGGGUCCUCAAGUUUGGCUUUCUUCUCUGUUUGGGCUUCCUCAGCGUUGUCUUCGGCUUUCCGCUUGGUCGUCGCAGCCGACGCAGUUGCGGUUGCAUCUCCGUUCGCGUCCACAUUCUUCUUUUUCUUUUUCACAAGGCCCGUUAAAUCAUGUACCUCUGACUGUUUGACAGUCCCUGCGGUAGACCCUGCGUUGAGCUCCUGGUCCAGCGCCUUGGCCACUAACGCGGGCGCAGAGUCGGCUGGCUCGUUCGGAGACGUUUUGAGCUCCUCCACCUUCAAAGCGAGGUCUUCCCGGAGGCCCUGCAGCUCCUUCUCCUCGGCUUCCAUUUGCGCCUUCGUCAUGUGCACGAUAGCAUCGUCUCCGAGCAGGGCCGGGCCUGUAGCCUUGCCCUUGCCUUUGGCGUCCUCCUUCUGUUCCGGCGGCUUGACGAGACCCUGGCCGCUGAGCGCGGCACGCAGUUCGGCUAACCGUGCUUCUACGCUGUCGAGCGCGCGCUCCGCGUGGGUUAUCGAGUCUCCCAAACGGCCAGCGGUCAGGUCGAGCACAAUGCUGAGCUUGUAAUGUGCCUCUGCGAUCUGGCGCGACGAGAGGGGGAGAAGGUCGGUUUUGAGCUUUAGGCCAGCAGAGUAGUCGGUUAUGGCUUGAUCGAAUUUCUCUGUCUCCAAUGAUACGUCCCCAAGCGUGAUGAACACUUCGGCGAGCUUGAGCUUGACUUCUUCAGACUCGUCUUGUUGCUUUUCGUAGAUGGCGCGCGCAAGGUCGAGCACCUCCCACGCAGCAUUGAAGUCAUCUUCCGGUUCCGCUUCGUCGUCUUCUUCCUCUUGUUGAGCGGCAGCCUCCGUUUCGUCUACAGAUUUCUGUGCCUCCGCGAAGAGGUCCACGGCCUCAUCUUCCCCAUCUCCUGAGAAAGAGAGGAACGCGCCGCUGUUGGCUGCGUCAUCUCUGUCGUCCAAUGAAUCAUCAGGAUCCUGUUUCCCCAGAACACCACUUUGCGCGAUAGCAUUUUCUAGCAGCGCCUUGCCGUACGCGAAAUAGAGGUCUGCGGUCUCGGGAGCCUUCUCUCCGUGCUUCUUUGUGACCAGUUCAAGUGCAGAGGCGUAAUGCUCCACCGCCUGCUCAUACUUCUUGAGCGCGAAGGCGCGUUUGGCGAGUUCGAUGGUCUCUUCCAAUGACACCUGUGGUUCGGACGUGGCUGUGGGUUGUGGUGUUUCCGACAUGAUGGGCAGUGGGAGGCGGGGGGCGUUGUGGUGG